AUGGAAGAAACACCAGGACCAUCAUAUGGUAAUAUGGCUAAUGAGCCUAGCCAAAAUGUGCUUCCCCAGACGUGUUACGCUGCUGUAGAGCCUCAAUUAGAGGUUCAAAUCAAUUCUGAUGUAAAUUUGCUUCCAAGUACAAGCAAUAUUAAUGAAACUGGUGAAAACCAGGGCACAAAUGAUGAUUUUUCAGAAAUCUUGGGCGAAGAUCCGUCUACUUCUGUUGCAUAUGGCCCAGAUAUCCACAAAGAAGUAGCUUCUAGAUUCACCUACAUAGCCACUAAAGGGCUAGAUAAAGAAGCACGAAAAAAUCUAGUAGAAAAGUUUCAAAUACCCAAUAAUUCUAAAUUCAUAGCUGCACCAAAGCUUAAUGCUGAACUAAAAGCUGCCAUAAUCGACACGGCUGUAAAACGUGACAAGUCUAUUGAAAUCAAACAAUGCGAGAUAGCAGCAGCUAUCUCUUCGCUGGGGACUAUUAUCUCUAAUGAAAUCAAGUCGGGCUCGGAUAAAGAGCUUAUACAAAGUCUGAUGGACAUGGGUCGACUACUAUGUGAUAUUCAAUAUAACCAGUCCUUAUGCAGAAGAAGCCUUAUUUUAGGUCAUGUAAGGAAGGAAUUAAGAGACCAUCUUUCUUCAACUAAUAUAGAGGAAAACCUCUUUGGACAAAAUUUUAUUGAAACUAUAAAAACUGCAAAGGCAGUUUCUAAAUCAAGCUCUGAUCUUAAACCAGAAGCACGCGAGGCCCACUACUCGCAGGCAGCAGACGGGCCAAACGCCACGCCAACAACAGCCUGCUGCGGCACGGACCAGACCUGUGACACAGAGAAGGAACGGUCAACCUUACUCGAGGUCAUCCAAACAAAACCGCCGUCAGUAGACGAGGUGUGUUAUGCAGAAAUAUUCUCUGACGCCUCAACUACGGGGUGGGGUGCCAGCUGUGGAGACCAAAGGGAUAGCGGCAGAUGGUCACAAGAGGAAAUUCACUUUCAUAUAAAUCAAUUGGAACUUCUUGCAGCAUAUUUUGCCCUAAAGAUAUUCUCAAAAAAUUACAGUAACUGUAAUAUUUUAAUGAGGGUUGAUAAUACAACAGCUAUUAGCUACAUCAAUCGUAUGGGAGGUAUACAAUAUCCUCAUCUUUCAAAGGUAGCAAGGGACAUUUGGCAGUGGUGUGAACCAUCGGAACAUCCACAGAAACAUUACCCUGGUUGCAGGGAUUUUGUCAGGACAGCGUUGUUACAACGAGAAAUCCCAAGUGCUUCAGCUGAUAUAAUUUUAGCUUCUAUAUCAGAAAGUACCUUAAAACAAUAUGAUGUAUGCUACAAAAAAUGGUAUGAUUUUUGUGUUACUAAUAUGAUAAAUAUGUUUGAACCUUCAGUUCCUAUGAUUAUACAAUUUCUUACCAAGAUUUUUGUAGAUGGUGCCCAAUAUGGGACUAUCAAUUCAUAUAGAUCUGCUCUUUCUUUUAUCAUUAAAAAAUUACCUGAUGAUGAUAGGAUUUCCAGGUUUUGUAAGGGUGUGUUUAAAUUAAGACCGUCAUUACCACGUUAUACCUUUACUUGGGAUGCAGGUGUCACAAUUAACUAUUUAGCAACAUUAUUUCCAAAUGAAAAUUUGACACUUGAACAGUUAACUAAGAAGUGUGUUACUCUGUUGGCCCUAGUCACUGCACACAGAGUGCAAACAUUGUCGAAAAUUAAAUUAAAUGAAAUAGUCUAUUGUAAUGAUAAAAUAAUGAUUAAAAUCUGUGAUUUAAUCAAAACUUCAAGACCAGGUAUGAAACAACCAUUAUUAUACCUACCUUAUUAUUGUGAACGUCCUGAGAUUUGUCCUGCUAGUACAUUAAGAGCUUACAUAGACAGGUCUAAAGAUAUUAUAAGACCAGAAAAUUAUCUUUUUGUCAGCUUUAGAAAACCAUAUAAAAAUGUAUCUCCUCAGACGCUCUCUCGUUGGAUUAAAAUUACAUUACAGGAUAGUGGGAUUGACGUUUCCAUAUUUAAGUCUCACAGUACAAGACAUGCAGCAACUUCUAUGGCCAAGAAAAUGGGCAUUAAUAUAGAUAAUAUCAGACAAGCUGCUGGAUGGAGCGGCAAUUCCUCUACCUUUGCUAGGUUCUAUGAUAGACCUAUUAUUGACAAAGACAACCUGGCUUUGGCAAAUACGCUGUGUUCCUUAUAA